GCGGGGUUUGUCAUGGCCUUGUUUCUAAGGGGGCUUCGGUGAAGUGGAGUUAAAACUCUUUAUGUUAAGGCAGUCUAAGUGGACCCUCUGUUUGUUUCGGGUUCGCCACUUCUAUGGCCGGAUAGAAGAAAGAAAGAGACAAGAGGGAAGGAGAUGGAGCGCCGCGUUUUAAAAAUGGGCAUCUUUUUGUUCAGUGCCGUGCCCGUCAGCUUUUCGACUGAGAGUGUGCCCGAGAAAAAAAUUAUCUGCUAUGGUGUGAAUAAUCAGAGCUACAGCUGUGAAACUGGACAUUGCUGUGGGGAGUCGCAGUGCUGUAAUUACUACUAUGAACUGUGGUGGUUUUGGCUGGUUUGGACUAUAAUUAUUAUAUUGAGCUGUUGCUGUGUUUGUCAUCAUCGGCGCACAAAGCAUCGUUUACAGCAGCAGCAACGGCAGCAUGAAAUCAACUUAAUUGCCUACAGAGAAGCCCACAACUAUGCCUCCCUUCCAUUCUACUUCAGGUUUUUGCCAAAUUAUCUCUUACCAGCUUAUGAGGAAGUGGUAAACAGGCCACCAACUCCUCCUCCUCCUUAUAGUGCCUUACAGCCAUGUCCUCCUGGAAGUGGCGUUAUAAAUUUAGAGCAGGUUGAAAGAAAUCCCCAUGCAAUACAAGGUAGCCCUACGCCUGUAGCAGAUGUUAUCUCUGCACGACCCGGUGAUCUUGACCCUCAGCCACCAGUGGACUACAUUCAGCAGGCUAUCCUAAAACCGCCUCCUGCCAUAGAACGUGAUGGACAAGUUGCAUGUAGCAAUGAGAUAGCUGAUAGUGUUUCUUUCCCAGACAAAGAGGAAGAUUGUCAGAAAGAGCUUUUGAAAGACUUCAGUUCUGAAAGCUUUUCAGAAGAUAAAGAAAAAACACCUGGAAGACACCGGCGUUUCACUGGAGAUUCUGGCAUCGAAGUUUGUGUUUGUCGUGGAAGGGAAGAUGAUGGGCUCCUUGAUGAUAAUUUGGAUGGACCAAUGGACUUCUGUGAAGGCUGCAAUUCCUGUGAAUCUCAGCCUUGUUUGGAUGAGGAACAAGGAAUGCUUUACCCAGAGAGACAUCAAGAACAUGGUCAGCCCCAGUCAUCACGACAUCCUGUGUGCCUGCUUUUGCACACCAUAAAUGAGCAGGAGUUGCCGAAUGCUCCAAAUGGGAGCAGUGACCCUCAAAGCUGAGCACAAGAGACUUGAGGAAGAAGCUAAAUAGGGGAAAUGUUUAUUUGGUUCACUACUGUGGUUGAUUUGUGGCCAUCAUUAUACUAAGAACAAAUUUAAGCCAUAUGUGAAUUGUGUGCUGUCCUACUUUCCUUUUGCAGGACGGACUUGACAUUUGUGGUAAAGAAAAUACAGGAAUUGUUAUCUGAGAAACUCAGUAAUUCUAUGUUUGUGAAGCAAAGGUGUUUCUUUGCAUGUGGGUUGAGCUGUCUUAAUGUGAAGCAGGUCAUGUAGGGUUCUUGGUGCCCAUGUUCAUACUGACAGGACAGGCUCAUAUGGGGAAGAAACUGCAAAGGAAGAAGCCUUAGUAGCUGUUAAAGAGUUUUGUUGUGUUAACUCUUCAGAGUACGGCUGUAGAGAGCUGUUCCAAAAGACACUGUUUUCAAAAAAAAAAAAAAAAUAUAUAUAAAUACACAAAAUGGUUUAAAUAAUAAUGAAAAUUCUAAAUCGUGGUUAACAUGUAUAAAAUACAGUAAAAUGUGUUUGGAAAGUUUUCAGCUUUUUUGUUUUUCUCAUACUCGAGACAUUUGGUCAUUAAGGGGGCUUCAUUCAGUGUCCGAUGUGGUAUGCAAAUCUUUGAAUGCAUGUGUGACAUUUAUAACAAAAGGGUCCAGCUCAUUUAAUUGUCCUGACCUUUCAAUGAAAUAACCAUUAAAAAGAUAGACAAGGGGAAUAAAAGAGUGUUGUUAGUUUAA